UCCUCCUUUCCGGUCACGUCCCCAGCAUGGCGGCCACGCGCGCUGCCGUACGACCAGCGCUCAGGCUCUUGCUUAGCCGCGGCCUGGCCCCUCGCUAUGCCACGCCGUGCCCGCCACAGCCGGCCCGCGCAGGCAGCGUCGACAUCCGGAGCCCCUGCGGCAGAAUUAGGAGUGGCUCCCACGUCCGUAGCUGGGAGAGCAGGGCCGGGGUGGUGAGGGAGGACGGAGAGGAGCCCGAGGAGGAGGAGGAGGAGGAGGAGGAGGAGCUGCUGAGCAGGGAACCACUGCUACCCGCUGCGGCCCAGCGUGUGUGCGUCCUGCAUCCUGACGUCAGGGGUCGCGCCGGAAGGAAGGCGCACGACACAGAGUGUCAGGUGGCGGAGGCUGCCGCGCUGGUGCGCGCAUUGCAUGGCUGGUCGGUGGUGCGGACCCUGGUGGUGCCCACGGGGGUCCCAGACAGCAAGUUUGUCUUUGGCAAGGGAAACUUCCAGGAGCUGACGGAGAAGAUCAAGGGAUCCGUGGAUAUCACGUGUGUGUUUCUGAAUGUAGAGAAGAUGACAGCUCUGACCAAGAAGACCCUGCAGACUGCCUGGGGCGUUCAUGUGUUGGAUAGGUUCACUAUUGUACUGCACAUAUUCCGCUGUAAUGCCCGCACCAGGGAGGCCCGGCUGCAGCUGGCACUGGCGGAGAUCCCCCUGCUCAGGUCUACCCUGAGCAGCUGCUCUGCCCGACUGGACAAGCAAGGAAGGGGCUCACGGUACAUCAUGGGGUCAGGAGAGUCAUCCACAGAGCUGUGCCAGCGGACACUGAAGGAGAAGGAGGCGAAGAUCAGGCGUGCACUAGAGCGGUUGCGGGACAAGCGGAGUGUGCUAAGGAAGCAGCGCUUGCGGCGCGAGUUUCCCAUUGUGUCUGUCAUCGGCUAUACCAACUGUGGGAAAACCACGCUCAUUAAGGCCCUGACGGGGGAGGCCACCAUGCAGCCAUGUGACCAGCUGUUCACAACCCUAGAUGUCACAGCACAUGCGGGGUUGCUGCCAUCAUGCAUGCCCAUCCUGUACAUGGAUACCAUUGGCUUCCUGUCACAGCUGCCACAUAGCCUGAUCCAGUCGUUCUCCACCACGCUGGAGGACGUGGUGCAUUCGGAUGUUAUCCUGCAUGUGAGGGACAUGAGCCACCCCAACACAGAGCAACAGAAGGCCAGUGUCUUGUCUACACUGCGAGGCCUGCAGCUGAGGCCUGCACUCUUCAACUCCAUGUUGGAAGUUCACAACAAGGUGGAUCUGGUUCCUGGUUACAGGCCCCCGGGGCACCAUGUCCUGGCCGUGUCUGCACUCCUGGGCCAUGGGCUAGACAAGCUGAAGGCAACACUGGAGGAGUCGGUUCUGCAGGCCACUGACCGGCGGGUGCUCACCCUCUGCUUACGGCUUGGGGGUCCCCAGCUCUGGCACCAUGCUGACAUCAGAACACUUCCCAGCAUGCACCACGGUGGUCUCUUUCUCUGCAGCUGGCUGUACAAGGAGGCCAAGGUGCAGCAGGUGCAGGAGCUGCCCAAGACUGACAUGGCCCAUGUGACCGUUAUCAUCAGCCAAGCCACCUAUGGCCGUUUCCGGAAGCUGUUUCCUGAGUGACAGUCUGGAGUGGGGUGUGGAUACAGAUUGUGGCCAUAGUGUUGUCCCGCCACUUUCUCUUUCCCAGCUGUUCCCUCAGUGACAACCAGGACCAGAUGUGGAUUCAGUUCGUGGGAGGGUGUUUGUGGAUGGCCCCAUAUAGUCCUCAUCCUUCCUCCUUCCCAGACUGACUCAUUAAAGCAGGAUUUGCACUUUG